AUGUCGCAUAUCACAUUGGCCCAACAAGGCCUCGCUGCCGCCGAAGCGCGCAACUGGGACGAAGCCAUAGAGAAGCUCUCAGUUGCCCUCGAGACCUCUCAGAACCCUCUCUGGCUCAUCAACCGAUCGAAAGCCCUCAUCCACCACAAGAAAUUCCAAGAGGCCCUCGACGAUGCCAACCUCGCAUGGCACACUGCGUACGAGCGCAAUAAGCGACCGCUCCUCAUUGAUGCCCAGUACCGUCGUGCUGUCGCCUACUUCCGUCUCGGGCAAUAUGCCAACGCCGAUGCCUGUUGUAUCUACGCCAUGCGCUUAGUCAAGGGCUUACCUGCCGUAGAGAAACAAGAUCCCGCCAGAUUGCACACAGACGAGAAUGGUUUCUACAAGGUGACGCUGAAAGAUGCGCACGAGGAAUCCGCUACCGAUCCAAUCAACCAGCCAAAGGGUGGCGCACUUGCAGUUGGAAGCAAUGAUGUUCCAAAUGCCAAAGACUGGCGCAUUGCAAGCACCCUGAGAAUGCAAAUUCUUUAUGCCAUGGAUAAGCUUCCCGAAGACGACCCGGCACGCAAGCUUACUACAGCUGUGAAGCCCGAACGUAAGGAUCUAUCGGACCUGGGCACCAAGAAGAAUGAGCCUGCCAAAGAGCCAGCCCUUUCUGCAACUCAAUCUGCUCCUAAACCAGUCGUUCCAGCCGAUACCCCUCUGCGGAUACAGGAAUUUCAGAACGAUGCCAACAUGACAGUGUCCAUCUUUUCUAAGGGUGUUAACAAGGAGAAGCUUCAAGUUCAAUUUACGCCAUCUUCUGUCUAUCUUGACUCUGUCAUUUUGCCCAGUGGGGAGGAGAAGCCUUUCGCAAUGAGCUUCUGGGGCCAAAUCGACACAGAUGCCUCCACAUGCAGAGUCACGCCUAACAAGGUUGAGCUGAAUCUCAAGAAGGCUACUCCUGGAAAGUGGAAGCAGCUCAAGAGCGAAGACACUGGGGCAGCCCCCAAUACUGAGACUGAUGAAAAGCUCAAGGUCCUGAAAGAGGCUCGCCAGAAAGCUAUGGAUGCAGCAGACGCCUCGACAAAGGCAGUGCCUGCUGAGGAGAAGCCUACGCCAUCCUCCGAAGACAAAGGGAAAGCCCCUGCCGCGCCCCAAGACUCUUCCAAACCAGCUGUCUCAUACCCUUCAUCUUCUCGUACCGGUCCCAAGGAUUGGGACAAGGUUGGCGACGAUAUCGACUCCGACGAGGAGAAGGAUGUCAAUGUGUUUUUCAAGAAACUCUUCAAGGGCGCUACACCCGAGCAGCAGCGAGCUAUGAUGAAGAGCUUCACUGAAAGCAACGGUACUAGCCUGAGCACAGACUGGAGCGAUGUCAAGGACCGAAAGGUAGAGACCGUCCCUCCUGAGGGCGUCGAGGCCAAGAAGUGGUAG